AUUUAGCUCCACGUGAGAUGACCGCUCUGGUUAUGCUUUCAGAGCACGUGCAGACGUGUCAGAUGUUUUGACGACCUGUGUCUGAGCAGAGCGCGCGCAGCUUCCGGUGCUCGCGGCGGCGGUUCUCCGUUUGAUGUCACAUGUAUACAUGUUUGUGAUCCACGCGCCUCGGAGGAUCACUGCGACCGAGCCAUGUUGGGUCAAGUUAGACAACGAAACAGGAAGUGAACUGCCUGUUUUCCUUCAAAAUAAAGGUCUUAACGCUGAACGCAUUGUACAACUCCUGGUUAAGAUUCAGUGUAAAGAGGCUUCAGGCGUGAAGCCACAUCUGUUUCACUGUGUAUAACAUGUCCUGUGUGUAUUAAAUCACGGGAUGGGUUCGAGUAUCCCGCCCAAAAGGAAAGAAACCAUGACGCUGCAACCUGACACGGAUUUGAAACGCGACGUCCCGGAGGUACUGCGUGUCGUCAUUGUGCGGAGCUUGUCUCGGGUCAUGCUCACGGCACCGCGUACCGGCCCUGUUUGUGUGUCCGUUUCUUCCUCCGUGACUGGAUGAUUAUGGAGCUCGUGCAGUGUUCCGGUGUCUUGACAAACAGAGCCACCACGCAGAGCGCAGUUUGUACGCCCGCCAGAGUCUGCAGGUAGCCGGGCAGGUGGGCAGGUGGGCUGGCGGCAUGCGGUCUGCUGAUGUGGAGUACAGCCCGGUGGGAGAGGGGCUGGGGAUGCGGGAGUUCUGGCUGUAUGUGUGGCUGCGGAGGGUGGCGGUGAUAGCGGCUCAUGUCACCGGAAUGGGCCUGACCCUCAUCAUCUCCCUGCUGUCCAGACCCGGAACCAGCCUGUUUUCCUGGCAUCCAGUGUGUAUGUCUUUUGCAUACUGCCUGUGUAUGACUGAAGGUAUCCUCCUUUUCUCAGCUGAAGGAUCCCCGUUCUGCUUCAAAUCUCGGAAGGGUAAAGUCCGUCUCCACUGGUUCUGUCAGGCUCUGGUCCUGAUAAGUGCAGCCACUGGGCUGGGCUUCAUGGUGGCCAGCAAGAGUGUGUCAGAGCUCCCCCACUUGGUCACCUGGCACAGUUUGCUGGGUAUCUGCACCUUGGCCGCCACCAUCCUCCAAGCAUCUUGCGGCCUCUGCGUGGUCUGCCCCAAGCUGCUGCGUCUCUCUUCCUCUGUGCCGAGGCUCAAGCUGUACCACGCCACCUGCGGCCUGGUGGUCUACCUGCUGGCCACAGUGACUGUGGUGUCAGCUAUGUUCUCAGACUGGUUUCAGGCCACGGUGAAAGGGGUGGCCUGGUGGGCCUUCCUCCUGCUGCCCCUCUUCCCUGCCUUGGUGGUGAUGAACCAGAUAACGAAUGCCUACCUGCCCCGUAAGAAGAUCACCAGCUAGGAGAUGCAUUUGCUUUAUUUGCUCAGUGGCCAUACUGGAUUCACAUUGUACUCCGAGGCCUAGAGAAUUAGAUAGAAGCAAAGUCCUCCGCUAAAGCAAACAGCUUCACACGUUGGUCGUCUUAGAGACAGCAGAAGAACAUAAAAACAUGGCUGUGCUCUCCCAGCACAGGGCUCUGGAAUUGAGUUGUAUUGCUUACCAAGAUCUCUGUCUGUUACCUGAGCCAGAACAUCCUAACCAGGGGCCGGUACAGAGCCUGGGUGAAGCUGAGAUUACACUUAGAGUGUACAAACUGAUCAUUGGUGAGGACGAAUGAUCAAAAUCAAAUGUUUGGAUGUUUAAUCUCAGCUUCACUCAAGCCACCCAAAGAUAUAUGUCAGAUAUUGGCUACAAGCUUGCUAGCUAAGCAGGCUAUUUACUGGCUGACUUUGGUCUUGACUUGGCCUCAACUGAGUCAAAAUCUUGGUCUUGUCCCGAGACUCUUUGGUCCUGAUCAUGGCUUUGUCUCAGUUUAGGUGGUCUUGACUACAACACUGCUCAGCACACUUGGAGCCAGCACCUAGUGGCCAGUAGAAGAACUGCAUCUUAAAAACUAAGCAGAUUUGGCAGUUUUGCUGUCUUUAAACUGACUCCAGCUGAAAUAAGAAACACAAAGGGAUCUUUAAAGAAUCUAAUGACACUAUGCACAAUGUGUGGACUACCGUGACAAACGUCUAGACACAUGACACACAGGACACAGUAGGCCAUGACUAUCAUCAUAGUUGGAGCUUGUGAAUAUCUCUGAACUUCUUUCAUCUGUUGCCUCUCCGGAGGAAGAUUUGCACUACAUAUGCAGUGAAAGCCACAGUCAAAGACAGUGUGUCAAUGGUGUUUGAAGUAGCACCUGGAUGAUUUUAAACCAGCCUGUACAUUCUAUUUAUUUAUCCAUGUAUGAUAUUUUUGUGUUGUGGCUGACUGAAAUGCUUCAUGUAGCACCUCUGAGCAAUGUUGAGUCAGAUCAUGCUGUCAAACCAAACCAGAGAGUUUUCAUACAAGGCCUCCUUUAGCUCAUUGUGUUGGUUUUAUGGCACGGCUAUGUGUCUGAAAACACACUGCUAACAAUAUUAUCAGGACAAAAAGAGACUGAUGAGCCAUCAUUGAGUCUGAACAAUGACGUGCAAAGCGACAAGUAGCACCUCUGGUUCCUGAGCUAUUCAUUUUUGUCAGCGUGUAUGUAUAACCCUUUUCUGUAUAUCAAGUGGUUGUUUAUAGUCGUGCUCUUUGUGAUUUAGCUUCUGUUAUUGAUAUGAAAGAAUAUGAAUGUGGCAAAGGCAAAAGCUUACUUUUUGCAAAGAUGUCAUCCCUUCAUAAUCAGUCCAACACUAAUUCAACCAAUCCCAGCAUACUCGUAAGGGCUAGUUCCCAUCGGCUCCAUAUCAGCAAAAUAGUCAAAUGAGAAGAUUUGGAAAGAACACAGAUCACUGCACCUUUCCAUGCCAGGUCCAAACCUGCUUUCAAGAAACUGUCUUCCUUACAAGUGAACAUCAGAGGUUUGGUUCGUUUCGUGUUAGGCACAAUAGACGGUAAUCUUCAUUUAUUGCUCUCAACGAGUGACACCAUCAAUCUAACCAUUUGUUGUAUACAGAGCUUGUAGGGAAUCCUGGGAACAAGUUCUACCCCAUGAGUAGAGUAAGAAUUCUGCUUAUUGCUCUGAUUCUUUAUUGACUCCUUCAUUGAUUCCUGAUCAGUUUUCUGUGUUGGAAAAAAGUAGUCAUUGUUUAACUGCUGUUGUAUAGAAAGAAGUGUAAGCACGUUGCUGCUGUUUCACUUCCAGCCAUUUACUUCCAUAAAUGAUCAUUUUACAGAUACUUAUUAUCUCUGUUGUCUUCAUGAAAUCAAACCAUGUUUUACCAGCGGUGUAUAGAUUUGACGUCACUGUCUUGUGUACAGUCGUCGCAAACAGCCAGCACAAACAGGUUUGUUGAAAAGCAGCUGCAGGUUCUUUUCUAAUCAGGACAAGACUCAGUGCGACCCUGCUGGGAUUGAUGAAUGUGGACUAUUUUUAACUAACUGUGUUAGAGAACCUGUUGGAUGUACUGAUCCUCCAGCACCUUGCCUCAGCCUCUUUGUCUUAUUCACGACUGUGUACCUUCAGUAAGUACAAAUCAAACGUUUCCUUCUUUCAUGUGAUAGUUUGUCCAUUUUUAAAUCAGCGCAAAGCUGAAAGCAAAACUGUAAGUGCUCAUCCCUGCUGUGUCUCUCAUAGAAGACAGUGAAAGUUAAUCCCACAUAUGUUGACAAGAUGAUCAGUCGGUAAUAAACCCUCCAGACUGGGUUUGACAUUUUAGCUGUCCAUCAUUAAAAUCAGGUUUCUGAUGAUUUAUUAAUGACUGUUUUUCCUCGCUGCUUUUGUUUUUGAUCUGCUCUUACUCCAGCUCACAUAAAAAGCAUGUAAUGUAUAAUGUUCAGAAGUGUAAAAUAACACAUUUAAAGGAGCCGUGUGGAGGAUUUGGGGGACCUUUCGUCCGCAGCUCAUCAUACGACAAGAAGUCAUGAAGAUCGAAGUUUCUGUUGGAACUUCCAAAGACUGUUUAAGAUGAAAUAAGAUCAACUUUAUUGGCCCUGAGGGGAAAUCUGACUUGUGUAACAGUGCUACACACAGCUUAAAAAAAACUUAAUAAAACGUAAAUACAAAUCAGUACAGUGAAACACCAAAGACAUGAUCAUAAGUUCCAUCCAACAAAAAAUAAUAUGCAUCAUAAAACAUGAGGAAUGACAGGAAAUGUGCUAUGUGCAUGUUGGUAUUAUCGCAUAGCUCUACUACCAACACUCUUUCUGUUUCUGGAGAUUUUAUGUCUGUAAUCGUCAUCAUAAUGUAAAGUCUGUGGGCCUGAGGGAAAACACUGCUGUGCAUAUUUAAUGAGCGCAUAACCAGAGCGUUCAAACAUAUCCAUAAAGCUUUACAUCUACUGUACAGCUGCUGCGUCUGUAGAUAUCAAAGUGUUCAGGCGAUUAUACACGAAUGGAAACUUUUUAACAUUAUUUUCCAUUUCUGUAAACAGUCCUCUAAAUCUGACCAAUUGGACUUUUAAGACAAACAGUUGAAUUCAGAAUUCCAGAUUUAAUAUGACUUUAUUUCCCUCUCAUUAAAUGGAAUUCAUAUUCUACUACAUCCCACUGAGCAUGCUCUUUGUUCGAUUUACUUCUCAGGACUUUGCUGUAUGAGCCUGUUCAGAGUGUUUAUGAAUAUCAAUUGUCAGCUGCCUGUGAACCUCCAAUAAAAAAACGUUUGAAUUU